GUCUUAAACUUGGACCAGCUGAUUCAUCAUGUUUGUGACCUUGAGAAAUGUCAACGUUGAAAACAUAUGAUUCAAUAGACCAAAAUGUCAGCAAAGUAGAUUAGGUUAACGUAGCAUAUUUGAAAAGUUUUUGGAUUUCUACAUUAUAUUUCUUCCAAUUCAUGUAUAAAAAAGUAUAUUUAUUGAAUUUAUUCAGUUUUUACUUAUAGCAAGUGUGUUUUGUGGAAAUCUUUACUAAUUGUAUUAUAGAAAUGUCAGAAAAAAGUAGAAAUGACUUAAUUAAACCACCAAAAAAUACCUUAUUGUCGGGUGCAGGUUUUAGUUUUCCAUUUGAGAAUUUCUCAAAUAGUGCUCUGCUCGUCCCUGUGCCUCUGAACAAUGAACAAACACUGGCACCUCAACUACCAGAUGGGGAAGGCGACACUUUCGUUGGUCAGGACAACCCUCCGCCAGCCGCUCCCCCUCCCGCCACGGCAGAGCCGGUGAGUCGACCUCUUUCUGUCUCCUCGUCUGUCUCCUCUCUCUUCUCGCAGUUCACCAACUUCUCUCUCUCUUCAAUCAAUCAAACCUCUCCGGUCAGCGAGUCCAACUCCAACCUCAACGGUUCGGCGUCCAGCUCCAAUCAAUCGCUCACCAGUCAAUCGGCCACGCCCAAUUUCUACAACACUAUUCAACCGGCUUCCUUCUACACCGGUCCUCAACCUCCAUCACAGCAGCAGUACAAUCAGCAGAAUCAGCAGUAUCAGCUGUACAAUCAGCAGCAGAAUCAGUACAAUCAGAAUCAGCCGCUCUACCAACACUUCCCUCCCAACCAGGAGAGCAACCAGGAGUUGUUGGGUGACCAGGCAACUGGUGUAAAGUUCUAUCAACCGAAUCUGUUGGGCCUUGCUAACCAACCAGUGACUUCCUUGGGUCUUGAUCAGCAGAGUACAAAUCUUGCGCCUGGAUCUAGUGAACCACUACAAUCCGUUCCUUUGCUGAAUCCUACAGAUCAAUUGCAAUCCGUUCCUUUGCUGAAUUCCUCGGAUCCAUUGCAAUCCGUUCCUUUGCUAAAUUCCUCGGAUCGAUUGCAAUCCGUUCCUUUGCUGAAUCCUACAGAUCCAUUGCAAUCGGUUUCUUUGCUGAAUCCUUCAGGUCCAUUGCAAUCGGUUCCUUCUCUGAAACCUUCAGAUCCAUUGCAAUCAAAUCCUCUGCUGAAUCCUACAGAAAGUCCAUCCGCCCUAACUAUUGGCUAUCGUCAACCUUCUCCGCUGUCUGGAUUCGGUGCUCCACCUCCCACAAACCAAAGCUUUAAUCAAAACAACUUUCUGACUCAACCAAUCCCCAGAUCCGUUCCUCCCGACCAAGGAGCUCUCCAUCCUCAGAUCCAACCUCACCUAUUUCGUCCAGUCUCUCCCAACACCUCCACUGAUACUAUUCAGUCUGCAUCGAUACCUCCCUCUCCUUCCAACUCAUUUUACACGUCGGACUGGGUUCCAGAUGAGAAUGUCGCUCCCUCGCACCCUCCACUCACCACUCCCCCAUUGGUUCAACCUCCAUUAACCGCCUUCUCCCCACCCCCUCCUGCUGCUUCCCCUCCUGCCCCUCCGGCUGCUGCUCCUCCUAAAGGUGGGCAGUCAAACUCUUUCAGGCUGGGCAACCUGAAACGGCCGACGUACGCUCAGCCACCCGACCUGACCACGUUUGCACCUACCAUCAGCAUGGCGAGCACAGUACCGCCUCCAGCACCAGCCCCCGCACCCGCCUCCCUGUUUGUGCCCUCUGCUGCCGCCCCCACCGCUAUGACACCUCGUGACGUCACUGCUGCCGCUCCCACGGCUAUGGCACCUCGUGAUGUCACAGCUGCCGCCCCCGCCUCUGCUAUGGGGCCUCGUGACGUCACUGACAAUGCCGCCUCCAGCCCUGCGCUGCCCUCCUAUCAGUCGCCCGUGCCUGUUGGACAGACGUCACCCCCCACUGUGCCUCCUCCCACCGUUGCUUCUGUUAGCUAUGGACAGACUUACCGACCUCCUUAUCACCACUGGUUCUAUAAGAAGCAGAGGAAGAGCACUCUGAUAACAGAGGAGGUGUCAUUCUGGCAGCCAAUGAGUAUGGUCGACUCUAUGAAACUUGAAGAGGCUUUCACGUCGUUGGACAUCUCGGCAGACACCAAGGUGGCGACAGAGGGGGGGAGGUACGACGUGGAGGUGCUUCGCCGUCUGAGGUCGGCCGUCUACUGGGAGGAGGAGCCGGGGGAAGUGCGUCGCUGCUCCUGGUUUGUGAAGGGGUCGCUCGAUUCGCGCUACAUUCCCUACGAGGAGAAGAUCGCCACCAUGCUCGAGGAAGAAUACAGGAUAGCGAGUACAUCGAACGAAUGGAAUCGUGUAAUUUCGCUCGGCGAAGGGGAAGAGAUAAUUCUACACAGUGCGACGGCCAUCGCCCAUCACGUCAGAUCUUCGUCGCCCGAUGCUUGGGGCAAUCCACCCAAUAUGCAGAAGAACCCCCGUGUUGUGAAGCGAGGCCUGGAUGAGUUCAACUUCCCCGAGGAUGAACCAGAAACCGUUGAUCAUCUCCUAUUUCUUGUCCACGGAAUCGGACAGUACUGCGAUCUCAAAUUCCGAUAUGUUACUGAAGUCGUUGAUGACUUCCGAAGUGUUUCUCUUCAGCUCCUCCAAUCUCAUUUUAGGGACGCUACAGAGAUGGGCACUGUCAACAGGGUUGAGGUGCUUCCAGUGACGUGGCACAAGGCCCUCCACACCGAGGACAUAGACAGGAAGUUGCACAAUAUCACACUCAGCUCAAUUCACAGGUUAAGGCAGUUCACCAAUGAUACACUGCUCGAUAUACUAUUCUAUACCAGCCCUGUGUUUUGUGAGACUAUUGUGCAGGCAGUUGGAAAUGAACUGAAUAGACUGUAUACGCUCUUCAAGGAGAGAAAUCCACAGUUCAAAGGAGGAGUGUCACUAGGAGGUCACAGUCUAGGUUCACUCAUUCUAUUCGACAUGCUUUCCAAUCAAACACCUGAUCAGGCUCCAGAAGACCAAUCUUCUACCACUUUCAAGCCAGAAGAAAGUACAGACAGUGAAGAAGUGAACAAGCUGGGCUGCCUGAAGUCACCUGCGAAACUGAACCGUGGAGUGAGUUAUGUCACCAUUGGAAAAUCAGGCACUGGACAGCCUUUCAUCCGCUAUCCGCAGCUAACCUUCCAUCCCAAGAACUUUUUUGCGCUUGGUUCACCAAUUGGCAUGUUCGUGACAGUACGUGGAAUAGACAGUCUAGGGGAGGACUUCCGGUUCCCCACCUGCCCGGCCUUCUACAACAUCUUCCACCCGUUCGAUCCGGUCGCCUAUCGGGUGGAGACUCUUAUUCGGCCAGAGCUGCAUGACUUGCAGCCGGUGCUCAUCCCACAUCACAAGGGGCGCAAACGCAUGCAUCUUGAACUGAAAGACACAAUGGCGCACAUGGGUGCAGCUCUGAAGCAGCGCCUGGUUGACUCCGUACGUACCACGUGGAACACUGUCUAUCAGAUGGCCAUGUUCCAUCGCACUGACGACAAUGAAAUAGAACAGGAGGUUAACAAGGUUCUAGAGGACCAGCUGAUCAGACAGCAGGCCGAGGCGAACCGGGUAGCGGGAGGCGAUGACCAGGAAGGCCUGGAGAUAACAGUGGGUUCACUGAACAGGGGGCGGCGCAUAGACUAUGUGCUGCAAGAGGCGCCCCUCGAAAGCUUCAACGAGUACCUGUUUGCACUCAGCAGUCACGUAUGUUAUUGGGAAUCUGAAGACACAAUGCUGAUGAUUCUGAAAGAGAUCUACGCGACAAUGGAGAUCACGCCUGAUAACCAGGUGCUGCAGCAGAUUCUGCCGUUCGAGACGGGCGAGCGAAGCGAUGCUGCCAGUGGCGGCCACUACUUACCACCAGUGGCCGGCCGACCUAUCGGCAUGGACCCUACGGCACCUCCCGCCGACAAUCCCAACAUCGGACCUCCGCCUAUGUCCGGCUUUGUCCGGAGUGGACACUGAACGUCGAUAAAUCACUAAGUCCCAGUUGCACAAAAGCCUGUUAUAUUUUAACCUUGAUUAAUUUUACAAGAACCAAUCGGACAAAACUUUACCGAAUCUAAAAGGCUUCUUUGGUUCUCGUGGAAUUAAUCACGAUUAAAAUUUAACCGGAUUUUGUGAAACCGGCACUAAGACUCGCUUUCUCCUAAGUUGUCCAAGUGUUGAACCCGUUUGUUAUAAUGAGUUUCAAUUGAGUCAGCUGAUGUUUUAAACUAGAAUUGUAGUUUAACUCAUUUGGAGAAAGCGACCCUUAAUCAAAAUAUGAUUAUUGUAACUAAACUACUAAUUCAGUCAAUUACUUGGGAUAUUGUGUGUGUGUGUGGACAUUUUUUACACAGUGAUUGGCCGUGUUUUACAAAUGUGUGUUGACUCUGGCCUAGUUCUUCAAAAUGUGUUGACUUUGGCCUUGCCCUUCAAAUGUGUGUUGACUACAAGUUGCUUCAAAAAGUUCUUCAUGACUAAUAUACAUAUGAACUGUUGCUGUUUGUUCGACUAUUAUUUCAAUUUAAUCUAGUCUAAUAUUUCUGAAAUCCAUUAGGGCCCGGCCACAAAAAGAGCGAUCUCUAUAGGUUUCUAUUGAAACCGUAUAUAUGGUACCGUAAUGCCCAAAUCGAUAGCAGACUAGGUAUAGAAACGUAUAGGAUCGCAGAUAUCUUUAUGUGCGAUAGGUUUCUGUUUCUAUAUCUAUAUAUAACUUGGAGAGCGAUUCAAACCUAUAUAGAAACCUAUAGGAUCGCAGAUCACUCCCUGUGUGGACGCGCGCUAAUUUAGUCUCCAAGGGCUAGACCAUAUUAGGAGUUUUUUCAGGCGCCAAUCAGCCAAUCGGAGACCAAUCUGCCCUGUAGACUCUGAAAACGCCAAAUAUUGUCUCGUCCUAAUGGUUUGAAAACAUCGGAAUAUGAGUGAGAACAUUAAAUUGGAAAUGGAUCCAAUUUCUGUAAUCCUUUACUCAGUGUUUGAAAAACAGAAAUCUAGAAAAAUCGGUUCAAACCCGUUUAGAAUUUUGAAAGAAAAUGCAUUUAAAAUUGCAGAAAAGAAUAUUAUAUUAUUUAGAUGAUUACACUUAUUGUAAUUCAAAUUCAUAACUUCAGUUUUCGGGAAUUUUUGUUUUUCAAUGAAAUUAUAUUGUUGUACCCGUACUUGACGAAGAGACUAUUUACUACACCAUUAGGCUACAUGUGAACAAUUCAUUGUAAAUAUCAUACAUCAAUCAUGAUAAUAAGCUAAAUUAUGCGAUAUGUAUAAAGUGCAAGUAGUAUUGGUAAUACGAAAUUAUUUAUUUGUAUGGAAAUGGCCUAAUUGGUAAAGUAUAAUAAUUUAAUAUUGUAACAUCACUGUUUCGUGGUUUUGGUAACAAAUUUCAUAAUUUUUAUUUGUAAUUUUGACUGUUGUUAAUCUGGAUCCCGAGGAAAAUUUAUCGUUUCCAUCAUUUGAUGGGCAAUUUAUGCUGAAUACAUACUAGUAUGGGAGAAAAUUUACAAUCCCUCGCUUUUUGCAUGGAUAUAAGACAAGAAUAAUCGUUAACAUUCAACCAAUUAGCAAACUCAUGAAUAGUAUAAUUAAAAAAUUAUCCAUGAAAAUGAAUGUGUUCUCGUAAUUCAUAGCAAAAGCAAAUUUCAUUAUAUGAAAUUCACAAAAAUACAUUAAAUUUUAUUGAACUGGAUCAAAUUAAUUGACUUACUACUAUGCUUAUUAUUACCAAACAAUAAUGUAACAUUAAUCACUGUUAAAUACUUCUCAAGAAUAUUUAUAAUUGUUAAUUUUUUACUCAUUGUUAUUGAAUUGAUAUUUGAAAAUAAACAUGAAAUACAAAA